GUCUUCACUCCCAAGUUGUCUCCUCACCACACUGCGCAGAUCUCUCAUUUCAACUGUGAUUGCAUAUUUGCGCAGUAUCAUCAAAUUCAUAUCCCUCGCAAUGCGUACCCGACGACGGCAAAGAUAGUUUAACCAUGCAUAUCAUCAAGCCGAUCUGGCUCACCCAUGGAGGUAUUCGCGCAACCCCUACACAAGUUUCUAACGCGUCCUGAAGCGCGUCAACUCUGUCGCAUGCACUUUCUUGGGGCUCAGGAAGCUGACAAUAGUGGAAUCUAGGUGAGAAGAAGGAUUUCGAGGUUUACAGUUGUCAUGUCUCUCCCGAUGGCCAGCGUCUCGUUACCGCAGCCGGUGACGGAUAUGUUCGUAUUUGGUCGACUGAAGCGAUCUACAAUGCAGCGAAUGCCAAAUACGACAAGCCUAAACAGCUUGCGUCGAUGAGCUAUCAUUCGGGGACGAUUCAUGCUGUGCGCUUCUCUCCUGGUGGAAAGUUUCUAGCUUCCGGCGCCGACGACAAGAUUGUUUGCAUAUACACACUUGAUCCCAGUCCACCGAGCCACGCCGCAUUUGGUUCGAACGAGGCACCUCCGGUCGAGAAUUGGCGCAUCUUUCGAAGGCUAAUUGGCCAUGACAACGACGUACAAGAUCUGGGCUGGUCAUGCGAUGGAACAAUACUGGUAUCUGUUGGACUGGAUUCCAAAGUGGUGGUGUGGUCGGGCUUCACCUUCGAGAAGCUCAAGACUCUUCCCAACCACUCGAGUCAUGUCAAAGGCAUCACCUUCGACCCCGCGAACAAGUAUUUUGCGACCGCUAGCGAUGAUCGAACGAUACGAAUCUUUCGCUUCACCUCUCCAACUCAGAACUACAGUACUCAUGAUGCGGUUAACAAUUUCAUCCUUGAGCACACGAUUACUGAACCUUUCGUCAACUCCCCGCUCACAACCUACUUCCGGAGAUGCUCUUGGGGACCUGACGGUCAACAUAUAGCUGCAGCCAAUGCGGUCAACGGGCCAGUUAGUGCUAUUGCCAUUAUAAAUCGAGGAAGCUGGGACGGAGAUACCACACUCAUUGGGCACGAAGGACCUGUGGAAGUCUGCGCUUUCUCACCUCGAUUGUAUGGGAAAGAGCCGGUAAAUCGAGCACAGCCUGAGGAACAUGUAGCUCCUCACACUACGGUCAUCGCGUGUGGAGGGGCCGAUAAGUGCCUGAGCAUCUGGACAACCAGCAGCCCCCGACCUCUAGUCGUACAACAAGAUGUUGCAGGGAAACCGAUUUCAGAUAUCACUUGGAGUCCGGACGGUCACGCGCUAUUUGCGACCGCGUUAGACGGCACCAUACUUUCUGUAAUGUUUGAACCGGGCGAGUUAGGUUACCCAAGGCCAGUCGAAGAGAAUGACCGCUCACUUAGUAAGUUCGGCACUUCAAGAAAAGGGCUCGGUUUUCCGGAGACCACGGAUGCUUUGUUGCUCGAAGAAAUGAGCAAGGCAGGCGAGCUCAAAGGAGUCGAGGGACGUAUGGGCGCUCUGAUGGGUGACUCACACUCAGCCCAGCCAGCAGCAACGACCACAACGGCUACUACCAACGGCACUUCGACCACAGAAACUACCACAAACGGCGCCGAGCCGACGAGCAACGGCAACGCAGCUGCGAAACAAGAUGAACAAAAUCAAGCAAAGCUUGAACGACUCAAAAAUAGGGUAGAGAUAACUAAGGAUGGCAAGAAGAGAAUCCGUCCGCUGUUGGUGUCCGGUGCUGGUGGUGCGGAGUCAUCUCUACCGCAGACCAAGCUUGUCAGUGCAGCUGCGAAUGUUCAUGGCACAGUCGACACGCCACAAUCAAUUCUUGAUCUUUCGAAACCAUUCGAUGGCCUCCCCAAAGGUGGCAUAGCAUCCUUGCUCCUGGGAAACAAGCGAAAAUACGCUCAAAUCGAGGGCGAGGAAGAAGGGUCCACCGAGAAACGCAUUGUUGCCGCAAGUCAGAAAGGAGUUACGCCUAUUGUCGUCAACGGUGCCGAUGGGCUGCUUCCCGCUCAGUCUCAAACAGUUCUCAGCGGGCAGCAAGUUACUCCUGAGUUCAUACGUCCUGCGGUCAUCAAUCCAGCAUUGAGUGUUAGUCAAGUGCGUCUUGCCGUACCAAAAGUCAGAACGCAUAUUGUCCAAGCCAAUGAUGCAUUAGGGAAGCCUGUUGAUGCGACUGGCGAAGCUGGUAAAAAACCAGAGUUCGUUUUCGAAGCUCGGAAUCCUUCGGGUCCAUCCCUAACUCCAAGGGCUCAAGACCGAGAGCCAUGUCGUAUUACACUCGUGCGGAAGGAUCAGCCAUUAUGGCAAGAUUUUAUUCCGCGACCGGUAUUGCUAGUGACAGGUAAUCAGAACUUCUGGGCGGCAGCGGAUGAGGCUGGCGCCGUCUAUCUGUGGACGCCGCACGGCCGAAGACUUAACAGUGCCAUUGUUAUGGAAGCACAGCCUGUGAUCCUCACAUCGUACGACUCUUGGCUCCUGUGUAUCACUGCAGUCGGUCUAUGUUAUGUCUGGAACGUCAAGACUAUGUCCUCGCCGCACCCACCGGUUUCAUUGGCACCGGUACUUGAUGCAGCUAUGCAUUCACUAGCGGCUCAUCCCACUGGUGCUCCGGGCAUCACACAAGCUCGUCUGAAUUCGGAGGGGCGCGUUAUCGUCAGUCUAACGAAUGGGGAAGGCUAUGCUUAUUCGCCACAAAUGUACUGUUGGCAGCGCCUAUCAGAAGUCUGGUGGGCAGUCGGCAGUCAGUAUUGGAACACCACUGAUUCUUCUGUUGGCAAUAUUCAUCCUUCCAAAGCACAGAAAGAUAAAGAAAGAUCCGUCGAUGUUUCCGCCGGCAUCAUUCCGUGGCUAGAAAAGAACACGACUUCGGAGACAUUGCUGCGAGGACGAGCAUACUUCUUGCAACGCCUCAUCAAGGUCUUGUUAUCGCGAGAAGGGUUUGAAAGUUUUGAAUCUGGUGUGUCGAUAGCUCACCUUGAAAAUCGCAUCGCCGCGGCUAUGAUGCUUGGGGCCAAGGAUGAGUUCAGAAUAUAUCUGCUAAUGUAUGCGAAGAGACUGGGUGCCGAAGGCCUCCGACUCAAGGUCGAAGAGCUCCUACGGACUCUUCUUGGUGGUAUCGUGGAACAGCCGAGCAGCAGCGGUGAAUCCUCGGCCGCGACAGCGAAUGUUGUGGAAGGGCGUAAUUGGGACGAAGAUUCAAAAUCGAUUUGUGGCUGGCAACGGGAGGACCUUCUCAAAGAUGUGGUAUUGAUUCUUGGGAAGCAUAGGGAUUUGCAGCGGAUCAUAGUGCCUUUUGCCAAAAUGCUUCAAAUUGUCGAUGGAGGCGCCGAAGGUCAGGACGAAAUGGAUAUGUGAUGACCAUGAGGAUCUGGCGCACUGGGCGAUGGGCAUGGGCGAUUUACUGCGAUGGGUCAACUGCUGCUGGAGAUUCUGUCACAAUACUGCUUGCAUGGAAUGGCGAACAACGGGGCUAAAUGCAUGCAAUGAUGAGGAUUUGAUGGUGUCAACUUGGUAUCUCGGAUGGGGUCGAUUGGUUUUUUUAAGACAUGCGACUAUGUUGCAUAUCAUGACCAGGUCAGAAAAGAGGAUGAAGAAAUCACACCAAGACUGCAUUGCUUUGCACUGCGCAAAUCCUUUCUUCAUCUUCAAUUGCCAUGUUUACCUUUUUCAGACCGCGUUUUCUAGAGCGCACCCAUCUUCCCUCUCAACAAAUCA